ACCGCGCUCAGUGGCACAGAGAGAAGCAGAAGAAGGCUGUGGGAGCGCACGGAGAGUCGCCAUGAACCUGAAACGGAGCCGUGACCGGCUGUACAGCACUCGGUGCUGCGGCUGCUGCCAUGUGAGGACCGGCACCAUCAUCCUGGGCACCAAGUACAUGGUGGUGUACUUGCUGAUGGGCAUUCUCCUGACCGUGAAAGUGACUCAUCCUGACACCGUGCCAGCAGUCGACAUCCAGUAUGAAGUUAUCGGGAACUAUUAUUCCUCGGAGAGGGUGGCCGAGAAUGCCUGCGUGCUGUUUGCCAUCUCCCUGUUAAUGUUUACCAUGAGUGCUAUGAUGGUGUAUGGAGCAAUAACGCAUCGAGGUGGUUGGCUGAUCCCCUUUUUCUGCUAUCAGCUGUUUGAUUUUGCCUUGACGUGUCUGCUUGCAAUCAGUUCCCUCACAUACCUGCCUGGCAUUAAAGAUUACUUGGAGCAGCUGCCUGAAUUUCCAUAUAAAGAUGACUUGCUGGCGAUGGACUCCAGUUGUCUGCUCUUCAUCGUCCUGGUUGUGGGAGCUUUCAUCAUCAUCCUGAAGGCCUAUCUGAUUAAUGUUGUGUGGAACUGCUACAAAUUCAUCAACAAUCGAAACCUCCCUGAGAUCGCAGUGUAUCCUGCAUUCGAAACCCCUCCACAGUACAUCUUGCCUACGUAUGAGAUGGCCAUAAAGAUGCCAGAGAAGGAGAAGGACCCUCCACCUCCAUACAUCCAGACCAGCGAAGCCUCAUAACCUCGUCUGAUGUGUCUUUUCAUACCGCUGAAUGGAGAGCCCGAGUUUUCCCAUCAUGGUUCUGCUCAUCCCACAUGAUAAUGAUUAAACCGAGACCUUAUUUUUAUAUAACACGACGCUUCUAUUGCCUUACUCUUACAAUGAGAAAGAACGACUAUUACUUCUGACAAUCUCUUAUUUGAUUCUAGUUUACAUGAGUAGUAGUAUUUUUGUUGGGGGGUGUAAAGACAAUUAGGGGAACUUUUUAUUAUAUUUCAACUUUUGUUGUUUUUUUUUUUUUGUGUUGCGAUAUUUGCUUUGUUGUCUUUUCAUGCCUUAACCCUGUCCCUUCCGGACUGCUAUGCUCCAUAUUGCUGGCAAUGCAUUGGUGUUCCACCCAGCAGUGAGGGCAUACACCAAGAAAGUAUUUUCUUGAGUAAAAUUUAAA